AUGCUGCUGCCUGUCUUAGCGGGGCUGGCUUUCUCCGCGUGGGGGGCAGCGGGCGCCCAGGAGAGCCCCCCGGGGAGCCGCUUCGUGUGCACCUCGCUGCCUCUGGACGCCGCCAACCCGGGCUGCCCGCUGCCCCCCAUCCCCAUGCAAGGGGGCGGGCUGCCCCCCGAGGAGGAGCUGAAGGCCACCGUGCUGCAGCUGCGGGAGACGAUCCUGCAACAGAAGGAGACCAUCGGGAACCAGAGGGAGGCCAUCCGCGAGCUGACCGCCAAGCUCGGCCGCUGCGAGACCCCCGACGGCAAAGCGGGCACGUGGAGGAAGGAGUUCGGCAAAGGCAAGGACACCAUGGGCGACUUGCCCCGCGACCCCGCCAAGAUCAUCGACCAGCUCAGCCGCACCAUGCAGACGCUCAAGGAUCGCCUGGAGAACCUGGAGGUGAGGACGGGGGAACGCGGGCGGAGCUGUCCGCGGUGCUGAAAGUUAGCCGCUGACUUCGCCAAGCAGGGACGGCAGCCAGUUGGCGGUAAUGGAUAGCGGGGAGGGCUCUGUGCCGAGCGGGAGCUGUCUGUGGUGCUGCAAUUUGGCCUCUGGUCCUGGGAAAAGAGCGCACCCCGUUGGGGGUGAUUGACAGGUGGUAGCUCGGUGCGGGGUGGGAGCUGUUUGUGGUGCUUCCAUCUCUUUUUGGAAAAGAGAGCGGCACCCUUGUGGGUGACUGAUGCCAGGUAGCUUGUGUUUGGUUUGAAGGUGAGAAAGUCACUUUGCCUUUGAAACUUGACUCUUAGGGAGUCCUAAUAGGGAUAAAACAACCUUUUGUGUGUCCAGGAUGCUGAAAAUUGGCUACUGGUGUGGAAAGGAGGCAAGCUAGACUUAUGCUGCAAUCCUAAAAGUUAGCCUUACUAGGGAGCAAGCACUUCAGGGCAUACUGGAAUUUACUUUUUUAAAGUAGGCAUUGCAUUGUAAGUAUCACUGAGUUCAGCCCUAACCCUUCUUCCACAGCGUUGAAGGCGAUAUGUAUAUAGGAACAUGGGAAGCUGCCCUAUACUGAGGUAGACCAUUAGUCUAGCUAGUUCAGUCUGCCUGCACUGACUGGCAGUGGCUUUCCAGGGUUUCACAAGGAGGGAGUCUCUCUCAGACCUGUCUGGAGAAGCUGGAAAUUGUGCAUGCAAAACAGAUGCUCUUUCACUUUGCUACUGCCUCCCGCUUUCUUUAUCCCUGUGUGACAGGCAUAGGCUGAAAUACAUUAACUGGCCCCAAGGUCAUCCACAAAGCCUUGGGGCUGAGAUUUGAACCCAAAUCUCCUCAAUCUAUACCCCAGACUCUAUGCACUAUACUAUACUAGAAUGAUGGCUAAAUGGAGCCUCCAUGUGUAGGGGGACUGUACCUCUGAAUACCAGUUGCUGAAGGAGGCAACAGCUGAGCACGGCAGCAGCCCUUUUGCCCUGUUUGCAGGCUUGCCAGAGACGGCUGGUUGGCCAGUGCAAAAUGUUGAGCUUGAUCCAGCAGUGCUAUUCUUAUACUGCUGCAUAAAUAACCUACACAUUCUUCUGAGUAGUUGUAGUGUCGAGGAACAGGAUUUGAUAUUAUCCCCCAUCAAGAAGUGCCCAGAUCCCAUUAUAGCAGCUUUGCAACCUUCAUUUUCUUAAAAAUAGUCUAUUGCUGUCCAUAUCUAAAGAAUUGUGUGAAACAUCUUCAUUCCUAGUCUAUGCCUCUGGUCCAUUCUAUAGUAUGGUGCUGUUCCAAGUUCAAAUACUAGGUCAUUUUUGGGGGAAGAACUCCAUAUUUGUGCCCACCUGUCUUCUUUUUUUGCCAUUUUCUUAGCCAUUCAACAUUUGUAACCUAUAGUUUCAUCUUCUAGGAAGCUGAAGGUGCGUCUCUCCUUAGGGGAUUGUUGUCACCCGCUAAAUAUAUACGUCGUAGAUUAUCAGGGGAGCAAUUAGUGAAGUUUCAACCUUCUGGGACACUGCAAUAAACAGGCUUCAUUUCCCAGAAACUCUUAGUCAUCGUCUCAUCUUUAAUGGGAUUCUUUUUAAAAAGAAAGGCUGCUCAGGUUUUAUGUAAAUCACUUUCUUGAACUUCUCUUUUAUAAAAGGGGAACUUUAUUAUCACAUUAAGCAGAGAAGCUAUACUUUAAUCCAGGCAUAAGAGGGAGAAUAUGAAGGGGAAGAGAGAUCUGGAAUUGGUCAUUUUAUUAGAAAUCCAAAGAAAUAAAAUAUUCACCAGCUCCUGGCAAGGCGAUGCUUGUUCUGAGGCCUGGUGCAGAUUUUGUGAAAAUUGAUUGCAACAAGUACAAACUACAGAACUGGUGUUUAUGAGGUACUGUUCUCCCCAAUGGAAGCACAAGAAGGUAUAGAUGUUCUAUGUGUGUUUACCAAUAAAAUGGAUUGAGAGGAGAUUUGUGGGUUUUAUUUCCCUGCCCUGGUGCUUUUCAUUUCUUUUUCUUAAUCUCAGCCUCGGCUAAGAACAUAGUUGCUUAAGAGGUUGCAGUGUAACGUUGACAUCCUAGAUAAUGUGUCCUUGGCAUAUGGUGCCAUGUAAGAACAUGAGGGUUUUUAUUUUGUUUUAAGUGUUAAGUGCCGGUUCAUCUUCUCAACAGUUUAACUAUACAACCCGCUACAAAGACAAUUGGAAUGAAUGAGACAGUACUUUAGAUAUUAUUUUUAUUAUUAGAUAGAUUAUUUUAGAUAUUAUUUUUCAGCCCAGUGGUCACUGAUGCUUAAAUAUUAAUGCAGGGUAUAUCUCCUCUCCCAAUCCAGCUGUCAUUUUGAAGGACAUGGUUGAAAGCUUUUUGUAAUCAAUGCAGAAUUCGGUGUUUGAAGCAGCUCUUACAUUUGCUUGAAGUGCUGUCAAUGUAUAAUGAGGAAGUCUCAUAGUAAUCAAAUAUCAAGGAUACAGCUGUUAAGGACAAGUUUUCCCCCUUCCUCUUUGGAAAGGAACAUUAUCAGUAAGGUGCAGCACCUUUGGAAAUGCUAGAUGCUUUGUUUGAUUACCUGUGGGACACAGUGAGGCAACCUGUGGCCCAGAGGUCACAGGUAUCCCCCUGUUUCAUUUCAUUUCUUCUUCUUGACUAUGACAUUGAAUAAACAUAAGGAUGGAUGAACUCAGUAACAUCAGGCCUAUAAAAAUGUAAAUAAAAUGGCUAGCAGCAAUGCUUUUAUUGCACAGUUCAAAGGCACCCUCAUGAACGCUCCAGUAAAAGGAUUCAAAGAGUUAGCCAUUCAGUGACGAUUUACACAAAUUUAUCCGCAUUCCCCAAAAUCACAUGUCUAGAUUGGCGUGAGAUCUCUGUCGCAUGCGCCAUAAGCAUUUAACAAUUGUUCAUGCAAAGAAAUUUUAAAGCUGGCAGCUAAUGCCCCUGUGGAAGCUAUUGCAUGCCACCAAAGUCACACAUUCACCCCCAAACAUACCUGCAUAGAAGUGACGUCACUUUCUGUAGAAUGGAGCUGCUUAAGAGUUAUCAACCGUCCAUUUGUAAGUAAAAAAGUUGACUUCUGGUCAUAACUGAAAGUGUUGGUUUGACCCAGUGGUAGCCAAUAUGAUGCCCUCCAUUUGAAAUUAGCCAGGCGCUGGGCGCAUUUUGUACCUGGCUAUCGGCCACUUGCAACCACGUGAAGAUGUUUGGGGCACCAGGACUGCACCUGAUGUCUCUACUCUCUGGAGGUGCGUGCCUGGGGAUCCUUGGAUCUCGCCUGUUUGCACACACUAGCAACACAGCCUGUAGAAGUCAAUCCAUUAUAUUUUAUUUGCGCAAUCGGAAUGAAUUUUAGGAGCCAAAAAGUUGUUUUGAAAAAUAUGAUUUUCAAACCAUCUGGCCCCAAAAUGGCAACUAGGCAUUCUGUUUUAGUGAAUGUAACCCAGGUUUAAGGAGCCAAUUGGCUCCUAGCUUAUAUAUCUGAGUUUUUAACACUGCCUCCAGAUGUUUCCAGCUUCCAGCAGCUGCAGCCAGCAUGGAGACCUCUAUACUUCCAGAAGUCCUUUUCCCACAGCUGAUCUCCGUAUUGAUUGCUGAAUUGCUCUUGUAGAGCAUGAAGCCAGGUCAUUUCUAGCAUUGCUCCAUCUUUGCAGGGUAUCGUUGACUUGCCAAGACCCUCCAUUUCUGCUUUCCUAAAAGAAGGCUAAAACUUUGUUUAUUCCAGCAACCCUCUACAGUUGUUAGAAUGAGAUCUGUAAGGUCUGACUGUUGGGGAUUGUGUGGACUGCUUUAAUUCAUUGUUUUGCAAUGCCUGUUUUAUUUAUGACAUAGCUCAUCUCCCCACCCUCACUGCUAGUUUUUUUUAAAAGGAGAUGUAUUUUUCAAACGUGAACUAUUACUGCAUUAUAAAUUGGAAUUUAAAAUAAGGCUGUGUUCCUAAUCAUGCUUAUUUGAAUAUUAACAGUGUUGUAUCCAAUGCUAUUCCUACUCAUAGUAGACUCCUUGAAAUUAAUGGGAAUUACUCCCUUGGGAUACUGUUAAUCAGCUAUUAGAUGAAUUGAAUCCUGCUGCUCUCUUCCUUCUUGCCCUGAAAGGCUGAUCUGUGGAAAUCCAGCUUUUUAAAGAGAGGGUGGUUUACCGGGUUCUGCAUAUACAUCCCCGGCUGUUAGAUCACAGAGGAGAAAUGUACACACGUCUCCCAUCUGCACACAUGGUUUUCCAUACAGUGAGAUAUAUGAACUCAGAAGCUCAAUUUUUGCUGCAUUUGCUUGACUUCCAGCUGCCCUGGGGCAUAUGAGAAGAUAAUAUAGUAUUAGUGUCUCGUUAAGUUUAAUGAAUGAGAAUUGUGGCGUUUUGUUUUGUUUCCCCCUUGUCCCCUCUCCUUUAUAGCAUCAGCUCCGAGCGAACGUGUCCUAUACAGCCCUGCCUCACGAUCUCCGAGAGAUGCUUCAGAGGAGGCUGGGAGAUUUAGAGCGCCAGCUUUUAAGCAAAGUGGCAGACCUGGAGAAUGAGAAAUCCCUGCUUCAUAAUGAGACUUCCACCCAUCGGCAAAGGACAGAGGCAGCACUGAACGCACUUCUUGAAAGGGUUUCUGAACUAGAAAGAGGUAAUGAUGAUGCCUAAUUUACAUCCUCCUUUGUAUAUUCCGGCGUGGGUUUAUUUUUGUUUGACUUGUUGACUCAGCAGGAGCUCAGAUGUCCUGCAACACUCCAGUCCUGUGUAUUGAUUUAGGGUGCAGUGAUGCCUGGAGCAACUUGUAUUUCUGGUAGUGGAUGGGGACAGGCGUUACUGCAUUGGUCUGAAUCUAAGCUGAAUAAAUAAAUAACAGAAUAAGGGCAUCCUGAGUGCAGACUUAUACACACAUUUGGACGAUGGAUGUGCAGUACCUCCACUGUAGUUGGCCACUGUUAGAACCAGGGCCAGAUUUAGGUUUGAUGAGGCCCUAAGCUACUGAAGGUAAUGGGGCCCUUUGUAUGUCCAGCUGUCCUUUGUCAACAACAAAUUGUCUCUGUUUUUCGUGUUGAAUAUAUGCUGUAUGGUAAUUUAUGGACCUAAUAGGCAUCUAAACCCAUUUGCACAUGUUGCCAUGCAACCAAUCUAUGCAGAAUGUAGGCACCCUAUAUAUAGAAAUGAGCAAACCAGUGAUAUUUUAGGGAGCAGGCUAGCAGGCGGGGCCCAUUACUUGCAUCAUAGGAGCCUACACAACACAAAACACUGUUGCUGUAUGUAGGUUUUGUUUUAUUUGUUUUUUGUCUUAUAUUUUGGAAAUGUACAUCCAGUUCCCCCCCUUUUAAUUCUUUUGGGGGGCCCCAAGCGAGUGGGCCCCUAAGCUAUAGCUUCUUUAGCUUAUACGUAAAUCCAGCACUGGUUAGAACAGGAUGCUGGGUUAGUUGGCCAAUGGCCUGAUCAGAUAGGGCUUUUCUUAUACAGUGGUACCUUGGGUUACAUACGCUUCAGGUUACAUACGCUUCAGGUUACAGACUCCGCUAACCCAGAAAUAGUACCUCGGGUUAAGAACUUUACUUCAGGAUGAGAACAGAAAUCAUGCUCCUGCGGUGCGGCAGCAGUGGGAGGCCCCAUUAGCUAAAGUGGUGCUUCAGGUUAAGAACAGUUUUAGGUUAAGAACGGACCUCCGGAACGAAUUAAGUACUUAACCCGAUGUACCACUAUAUUCCUAUGUUUAUGUAGCACCCCCUCUUGUUCAGUGCAGAAUCUGCAAUGCAGGAUGCAGCUGAUGUAUUCCUGACGGAUGGUUGUACAGCCCCUCCUUAAAACACACCCAGUGAAGGAGAGCCCACCACCUCCUGCUGUCAAAAAGCUCUGGCUAUUAGGAAGCAUCUCCUGAUGUUUGGCUUAAACCUGCUUCCUUCCCUGCAAUUGACAACUACCACUUGGUUCUAGCCCUGCUCUCCAGAUCAACAGAUAAGAAGCCUGUUCCAUCUUUGCAUGGCGGUCCUGUAGCUAUUUGGAGGCUACUGCCAUGUCUCCAUCACUACAUGGAAUCCAUUCUCACGAUCUCAAAGGGAUGAUGUUGAGCAAGGAAGAAGUGGCUUCAAUCCUGCACGAUCCAUUUCUGGCAAUGGAAUUCCUGCGGUCCCCCAGCACACUUUUCAUUUGCAAAGCAAGAAGAGGCCUUGUGGAUCCAUCUAGUCCAGCAUUUCUCAAACUUGGAUCCCCAGCUGUUGUUGGACUACAGCUCCCACCAUCCCUGGCCCUGAUAGCUAGGGAUUAUGGGAGUUGUAGUCCAACAACAGCUGGGGACCCAAGUUUGAGAACUGCUGGGUGUAAUGGUGGUGGCUGGUGCUGAGGUCAGGCUGAGGUAGACUGGGCAUUGUCCCAUUGACCGUAGUGGACCAGCGUCUACUGUUUAACAGUCUGUUUCCCAUAGUGGCCAACCAGAUACCUCCAAGGAAACCCAAAAUCAGGGCAUGAGGACAGUAGCCCUCUGCCAUUUUGGCUCCCCAGCAGGUGGUAUUCAGUGGUUUACAGUCUCUGAACCUGGAGAAUGCAUAUAAAUAUCAUGACUAAUAGCCACUGGUAGACCUCUCCUCCUCCAUGAAUUUGUCUAAUUCCCUUUCAGAGCCAUAUCAGCAGGUGGCCAUCACCACCAUCCUGUAGCAAUGAGUUCCAUAAGCUAUAGCACAAGUCUGUCCAUGUAAUGCACAGAAGCAAGUCCCAUUGGAUUCAGCAGGGCUUAUUGUUUGCAGCAUUGCAGUCUAACUUUAAGUGUUGUGUGAAGGAGUACUGCAUUUUGUUUGUCCUGAACCUCCUAUCAGGUAGUUUAAUUGGUAGACAGAGGAAGAGAGAGGUACUUACCCUACCUGUAAAGACGUCUUCUUUGCCUUUGAGCAAGCUGUGAAAUGAGACAAACUUCCCUUUUCUUUUUUGCUUUUAAUUAAUUGCUGAAUGUCACUUCUGUUCACUCCACAGACCUUGGGGCAAGCAUGUCCUGUCUCAAAUGCGCAACCUUUACCGUGGAUUACUCCUGGAGCCACUGGGGGACACUCUUAAUCCUAAUCAUUUAAUCAGAUCCUUAGAUUUAAUUACUGGGAAACAGCACGCUUGGCUAGAGUUUGUGUAUUUAAAUUUCAAGCACACAUGGCAAGGGAGGAAUAACACCAAACUGUCUGCAUAAUCAUUUUUCCUUUCCCUUUUCCCCUGUUUUUACAGAUCAAGAGUGUGUGAAUUGUUUAAAUAUAGAUUCACUUUAAAUGAUAUUUAUAGUAUUAAGCAAGUCUGGAUCAAGGCUUGUUCAGGCAAAUUAAUGAUUGCACCUCCGAAUUGUGCCAACGGAUGCAUUUUGUGAAGGUUAAGCCCCAGCCUUUGCAGGAGCCAGGUUGCACAUAUCUGGGCAUGCCAUUACUCUUAUGGGGAAAGGGUGCAAACAUUCCUUAAAAUAAAUCUCCAGACCACAUAAGCACCUCUGGUUUCUCUUUUUUGUUGUUCGUUAUUGUUGUUGAACAAAAGCAGGCGAAUCUUAAUUUUGGGUCACUUAGUUUUUUUGCCAUGAUGCGCUAGUUACAGGGAUGUUUUGGAGAUAUAGGAAGUCUAGUGAUAGGAAGAGAGAAGGCUGCUGUGUUUCGUGAGGACAUGAGACAGGGCCUUCUUGGUGGCUGCUCCCAGAUUGUGGAACUCCCUUCCACAAGAGGCUAGGCUGGCCCCCUCUGUGCUUCCCUUUCACUGGUAGACAAAAUAUUUGUUUGCUCAGACAGGUCUUUAGCCACUAACUGGCUGUUUUGUUAGGGUCUUCUAUGGCUGGAUAUUCUACUUUGUGUGUGUGUGUGUGUGUGUGUGUGUGUGUGCCUUUCAAUGUUUUUAAGAGUUUGCAGUGCUCUUUUUUAAUACAGUGGUACCUUGGUUUAUGACCAUAAUCCGUUCCGGAGGUCCGUUCGUAAACCAAAAGAGGUCAUCAAUGGGGUCUUCCAAAAAACAGGUCGUAAUCCAAAAAAAAAAAUCACAAACUGGGAUGUGCGCUUCCGGGUUUGAAUUGGUCGUAAUCCAAAAUGGUCGUAAACUAGGCUGUUUGCAAACCAAGGUACCACUGUAUGGUUACUUACUAGUUUUUUUAAAAAAGAAAUAUUGACACUUGUUGUGUGUUUUAAAACACUGAUUGUAUUUGUUUGAAUUCAUGCUGUGUCCUCCCACUGGAAGAAAUGUAAAUCAGACAAAUAAAUUUGGUUGGCAACCGAGGGAAUAGAAUGCUGGAAUAGAUGGAUGGGCCUUUUGUGAGACUCAGCUCAGCUCCUCUUAUAGUCUUGGGGAACGGGAGACAUCUUCUCAGGAUGAAGUCCCAAACACACACUGUUGGAAAUGAGUGUCUGUGGAAUGAAAAAAGACUCAACUCUUGAGACUGAAAUUAGAUGUGGCGGCAACUGACUAAUGUGGUUCAGCCUGGUUCUGUCUUAUAUUUGGUCCCAAGGUAUGGUCUGAUGACCUGUCAGUCCCACAACCUUGCUGAAGCUAAGCAGGUCUGGUCUGAUGGGUGAUACUUGGAAACCAAAUGUGUGUUGGCUUGGAUUCCAAUACAGUGUGUUUCUUUGUGUGUGCAAGGUUCCAUUGUAAGAGCAAACGGGACAAUAUCUAAGGUAGGCCAGGGAUUUGGAUUGUAUCUCCAGGUUGUAUAAAGCAGGCACUCCCAAACUUGGCCCUCCACAUGUUUUAGGACUACAACUCCCAUCAUCCCUAGCUAAACAGGACUAGCGGUCAGGGAUGAUGGGAAUUGUAGUCCCAAAACAUCUGGAGGGCCAAGUUUGGGCAUGCCUGUUAUAAAACAAGUGAGGGGAACCUUUUGCCCUUUUGCCCCCAUAUGAACCAGCCCAGACUCUGUAACCUUCAGCAGAGCCCCUUUUCCAUGUGCCCCCCGAGGGAGGGACAGAGGGUGGCCACACACAAAAUGACUUUUUAAGUGGUGCUCCAUCCCAUUUCUGGAAUGCUUUCAUCCGGAAGAUGUACCUGGUACCAUCAUUGUCCAUCUUUAGGCACCAAGACUUAUUUUGCUUAGGCCUUUGGUAAUUAAGUUGUGUCCUAUCGUAGUGGUCAUAUUUUAGUAUACUUAUUAAAAUGUCCUUAUAAAAUGUAUUUUGUAGUGCUCAUUGUUUUAAUUUUUUUCUGGUUUUAAAACAUUUUUAGGUGCUGUGUUUUGUCAAAUAGCUUUUAGCCCUUUUUUUGUAUGAGCAACUGAUAAAUGCAAUAAAUGAUAAUUAUACAUUGCAUAUAAUUGCAAUGGUUAAUAUUUACAUUGCAUUAUAUUUAAAUACUCCACCUUUGCUCUGCAAAGCUUAAGUCAUUAUACAUGGUUCUUUCCCACUUGCCCCAUUUAUCCUCACAACAAUCUUGUUAGGUAGGCUAGCCUGGAAGAUGGUAGCUGGACCAUUGGUCAUGGUGGCUGAGGCUGAUGGGAACUGGAGUCCAGCCACAUCUGCAGUUCUGCAGGCUCUCUAUUUCUGUACACAGGAGGUCCUCCUGUGUAACUGCAGCUCCCAUCAUCUAUGACCAUUGGCCAUGGUGACGGGGACUCAUGGGAACCGGAGUCCAGCACCAUCUGGAGAGUCAUGGAUUUCCUAUGCCUUCUUAAACCUCUAAAUCACACUGAUAUGGGUGCAGGACCAGCGUUGAACCUGAGUAAACCUGCAUCCAGCUUGAACCUGAGUAAACAUGUUUGGAAUCAGGCUGAAAGAUGGACACGUUGAUAAAAAAUUAACAGAACCUUUCAUCCAAGGUGAAAGGCAGCAUGGAAUGAAAAUGUUCAUCUUCUCCCCAGGGGCAGGUGCUGUUCACAGAUGGGUUUUAACCUCUUAAUAGGGUGGCGAUGCAUUCAUACAAAGAGAUUCCAGAGGCAAGCAGGCUGCUGCAGAACUUGGAACCAAAUACAGUUAAAGGGAAAAUGAGUCUGAGAAAGCUUCAGGAUCACUGCUGCAAAUCAAAUCCCCAGGUCUUUAAAAGCAGUCAAAAGCUAUUUUAAAAAAGCUGACCUGCUAGAUUUCUUUAAAAGCAAACUAUUUGGGACAGGUAGUGUUGAGAUCUGCCGGAAAUUGCCACAUGCAGUCUUGAUGUAAGUUACCUAUAUCCUCAGUGUAAAAAACACAUUUACGGUGAAGUCUGCUCCAUAGAAAUCAAAGGCUUUGUGUUCUGUUUCAUUGCAAAUGAAUGUGCUUGCCAAUUUCUUUCAUAUUAUAUAUAUAUAUAUAUAUAUAUAUAUAUAUAUAUGCCACACAGAGGAAGGAAGGAAUAAAACGCAUAGUGAUGUUUUUUUAAUUAAAAAGAAGGCAGCCAUUCAUCGGUAAGCACAGAAUCAGAACGUCUAAUUAAAUGAAGAUACCACACACAUACUCUGCAGAGGGUCUUGGGUUCAAUCCCCAGUAUUUCUAAUUAAAAGGAGCAAGCUCCCUGAGACCUUAGGGGCCACUGCCAGUCAGAGUAUGUAACACCCAGUUAGAUGAAUAAAAUUGUCAGAACUGGUACAAGGCAGCUUCCUAUAUUUCUAAUCCUGACCCAGACAGCCUACAGUAUGCGAUGUUUGCUUUAGGGACUCGGGCAAGGAAUAUAUUUUCAGCACCUGUGGCAUGACACCCAAUAAUCUCCAGAGGAGAUUGCAGUAAAUGCUGCUGUCCACCAGAAGCUGCUCUCUGGGUGAGACUGAGACAUUGUGUCAGCUUCCUGGCAGGUGGGUUGCUGUUGCUUACCCAGGAGGGACGGAGGCAAGGCAGUGGAGAGGUUGCUACAGUGCAAACGCACUUGCAGGAGUGCUAGAUUGGCUCUGCUGUUGUGUUUGCACUGCAUCAACCUCCCCACUGACUCACCCACCCCUCUUCUGGGGAGCUAGCAUGGUGCCCCUGCCCCACUCAACAAGGCUAUUCUGUGAUACCGGCUAUCUAUUUUCAGAUAGACAUGUGGAACUCACAACAAAAUAUUACACUUUACAGCAUGGGUAGGCAAAUUAAGGCCCGGGGCCCGGAUCUGGCCCAGUCGCCUUCUAAAUCCGGCCUGCGGAUGGUCUGGGAAUCAGCAUGUUUUUACAUGAAUAGAAUGUGUCCUUUUAUUUAAAAUGCAUCUCUGGGUUAUUUGUGGGGCAUAGGACUUCGUUCAUUCCCCCCCCCAAAAAAAUAGUGUGGCCCCCCACAAGGUAUGAGGGAGAGUGAACCGGACCCCUGCUGAACAAGUUUGCUGACCCCUGCUUUACAGUACAGUGGUAUCUCUGGUUACGUACUUAAUUCAUUCUGGAGGUCCGUUCUUAACCUGAAAAUGUUCUUAACCUGAGGUACCACUUUAGCUAAUGGGGCCUCCCGCUGCUGCUGCGCCGUCGCUGUGCGAUUUUGGUUCUCAUCCUGAAGCAAAGUUCUUAACCCGAGGUACUAUUUCUGGGUUAGCGGAGUCUGUAACUUGAAGCGUAUGUAACCGGAAGCGUAUGUAACCUGAGGUACUACUGUAUUGGUCACCCAGCCAUGCUUUUUUCAAGGUUACUCCAUUCCAUUCCUAUUCCUGCCCAAUCUCCCAGUCAGUUAGCAUUCCAUGCCUACUGAGCAUGCUCAGUCCUUACUGGGCUUCCAUAGAGCUUUCCUUUCCCUAAAUAUUUGUUAUACUUUCGUUGUAUGGGUUGGCUUCCCCACCUAAAAAUUUGUUGUACUUCUGCAAAUCUUGGGGUUCUCCCAAGACUGCUGAUACCUCCCUCUUGUGUGUGGGUGAUGCUGUUUUGGCUUCAUAAGCAACAGUCCUCACAGCUUGAUAGGUUCAGCACAGUUUCUUAACCAAACUGGAAUAAGUGGGUUUUCACAGUCCCUUUAAAAUACAGCACUUCUUCUUGUUGUUAAUCCUGUUAUUAAUUUAUAUAAAUCUUAUUGCCGGAAAAAGGCUUCUUAAACAGUGUUCAAGUACAAAAAGCAAUACCACAAGCAUUAAAGUAUAAAUAUCCACAAUCAAAAUACACAAUAAAAUGAUCCCAUUCAAACUUUAAAAUACAGGGGGCACCACUGAAAAGGCGCUUUCUCCUGUCACACAUGUCAUGAAGAUCCAUAAAAUAGAUAUAUUUUAUGUUUUAAUUUUAGACGCUUAAUGUUUCAGGAAAAACUUUCUACACAGGGAUGAAGAAAGCAUGCUUCUUAGUUUGCUUUCAGAGCUCUUGAGUUACUUUUAUGCAAAAUUGAUUGAUUGAUUGAUUGAUUGAUUGAAACCAGGUAAAACCUGUGCAAUGAAUCAGCUUCUUUAUUUGAGUGACCUCCCUGCAAUUUACAUGGGUAACCUUGUAUCCUUUGGGAUAUGGCUGUAGGUACCAGCGCCUUCAAAUCGCCGGAUGAAUUUAAAGUCUCCCUCCCCCUCCGCACCAACUACUUGUAUGGGAAGAUCAAGAAGACAUUGCCUGAGCUGUAUGCCUUCACUGUGUGCUUGUGGCUGAAGUCGAGUGCCUCUCCGGGAAUAGGGACACCCUUCUCCUACGCUGUCCCUGGGCAAGCUAAUGAAGUGGUGCUGAUCGAGUGGGGGAACAACCCCAUUGAGCUGCUCAUUAAUGACAAGGUGAGGAAAGACUUGCCUUCCAGUGAGCCAGUGUGGUGUAGUGGUUGAGAGCGGUGGACUCGUAAUCUGGUGAACCAGGUUCGAUUCCCCGCUCCUCCGCAUGCAGCUGCUGGGUGACCUUGGGCUAGUCACACUUCUUUGAAGUCUCUCAGCCUCACUCACCACACAGAGUGUUUGUUGUGGGGGAGGAAGGGAAAGAAAGCUGCUUUGAGACUCCUUAGGGUAGUGAUAAAGCGGAAUAUGAAAUCCAAACUCCUCUUCUUCUUCCUUUUGAGAAUCCCGUUUCUUUCCAUCAGCCAAGGCAGGAAAAAAAAAAGAAUUCCCGCUGUGCAAUAGUGAAAUGUUCGAGGAUUAAGCUCUGCUGCACUCUAAGAUGUAGCAGAGUUUUAUCCUGCCCUGCUAAAAUAGUAGGGCAAUUCUUCAUUCUGUCUGGAGGGUCAAUGCAUUUGAGCCCCACUCUUGUUAAAACCUAAACAUUAGGAAGAACUUCCUGACAGUAAGAGCUGUUCGACAGUGGAAUUUGCUGCCGAGGAGAGUGGUGGAGUCUCCUUCUUUGGAAGUCUUUAAGCAGAGGCUUGACAACCAUAUGUCAGGAGUGCUCUGAUGGUGUUUCCUGCUUGGCAGGGGGUUGGACUCGAUGGCCCUUGUGGUCUCUUCCAACUCUAUGAUUCUAUGAAAACCAAAAACAGGCAUAUGAAGUGUCUUGGCACUUGGCCCCUGGGACGGCAAUUCUGUGCACACCUGCUCCCUAGCAAGUCCCAUUGAACUGAAUGGGACUUGGUUCCAAGUAGAGAUGAGCCAACCGCUUUCUCGUUUUUUACCCAAUCUUAAGUUCUCCACACCUUUACAUCAGUUUGCAUAAAAUAAAAAUCCUCAUGGAAAUUCAUUAGCAUUUUAGUGCAAAUAUCUCCUGAUAAGAACAUUAUUUGUAUGCAAUUUUGCCUAAUGCACACAUUUAUGCAAAGCAAAUUCUGCUAAUAUUUUUGCACGUUAUUUUCACCAAUGUACUUUGGGUACCCAUUACUUGUCUGCAGAACUGCACUGCAAAGAAAGGUGAAUUUUGAAAGAUGGCUGUGUUUCAUUCUGCAUAUUGUUUUGCAAAGUGAAGAUUGGGGAGGCCGCAUGACGUUUACUUGCUUGCAAAGGGAAGGAUGAGGCUCCCAGACUUGCACUGCUGCAAGUUCGCCCAGUUGAUUGAUCAGGUUGUAAAGAUGGAGUUCUUGAAUUACUUUGCCGGUAGAAGCUCCUUUCACCAGAAUGCAGCUUGUUGGCUUGGCCGCUUUAAAAUUAGACUGUAAGUCACGUAACAAUUAAUCAAGUCAGCAACUGACCUAUUACAAAUGUGGUCAAAAUAAGGCUCUGUCAGAAGGAGAAAUGUGUUUGUGUGUAGCUGGGGAGGGGAGGGGAAAAGGCCUGUUGUUCUGUGCAGAUGCAUUGUGGUAGUCUCAUAAACAUCGAAUCCCUGGGAGCGUUAUAAGAGGUUGCUAAGAGACAUGUGCAUCAUUCGGAAUUUGCCACAGUUCAUAAUAUAUGCACACAGGGCUUCAUCAGCACCCAGGUACAAAAAUCAAUUCUACUAGGCAAUUCUAAAGGAAAAUGUAUUUAAGCCUGUUCAGAGGAUAUUGCUGUUACCACUGGGGAGCUACAAUGAUUCCAGAUAGAUAGAAGGAAUCGUAGAAUCGUUGGAAGGGACCCCAAGCGUCAUCUAGUCGACCCCCCUGCAAUGCAAGAAUCUCAGCUAAAGUAUCCACGACCGAUGGCCAUCCAACCUCUGCUUAAAAAUCUCUGAGGAAGCAGAGUCCAAAACCUCCCAGGGAAGUCUGUUCCACUAGCAAACAGCUCUUACUGCCAGAAAGGUCUUCCUGACGUUUGGUUGGAAUCUCCAACUAAAUACAGUGGUACCUCAGGUUAAGAACUUAAUUCGUUCUGGAGGUCCGUUCUUAACCUGAAACUGUUCUUAACCUGAGGCACCACUUCAGCUAAUGGGGCCUCCCGCCACUGUGCCGCCCCCACCACCACGCCGCCCCCACCACCGUUUCUGUUCUCAUCCUGAAGCAAAGUUCUUAACAUGAGGUACUAUUUCUGGUUUAGCGAAGUCUGUAACCUGAAGCGUCUGUAACCCAAGGUACCACUGUAUUUACGGAACCAAGGACAAGAGUUUUUGUGACAGACUGUAUGUCAGGCCUUUUCGCUUUCCAACACAAAAUAGCUGAGAAGAUUACAGUGGUACCUCCGGUUACAGACACUUCAGGUUACACAAGCUUCAGGUUACAGACUCCGCUAACCCAGAAAUAGUACUUCGGGUUAAGAACUUUGCUUCAGGAUGAGAACAGAAAUCGCGUGGUGGUGGCUGCAGCAGGAGGCCCCAUUAGCUAAAGUGGUACCUCAGGUUAAGAACAGUUUCAGGUUAAGAAUGGACCUCCAGAACGAAUUAAGUUCUUAACCUGAGGUACCACUGUAUUUCUUUAUCAGACCAACAGCUCAUCUAGUCUAGCAUUGUGUUCCCACUGCAGCCAGUAGAUGCCUAUGGGAAACCUACAAGCGGGAUUGACCACAACAGCACUCCCAUCCACUCAUGAUCCCCAGCAUUCAGUGGCCUAGGAAUCUGCGUUACACUUCGUCAGACCAUUGGCCUAUCUAGCUCAGUAUUGCCUACACAGACUGGCAGCAGCUCUCCAGGGUUUCAGGUGGGGCAAUUCCCCCAGCCCUACCCGGAGAAGCCAUUAGGGAUUGAACCUGGGACCUUCUGCCAAUGCUCUGCCACUGAGCUGUGGCUUUUCUGCUUCUGAUACUGCAAGUAGCGCAUAGCCAACAUGACCAGUAGCUAUGGCAGACUUCUCUAUGAAUGUGGCUAAUUCCCCUUUAAAGCUUUCCUAGUUGGUGCCCCUUGGCUGCAGCUUUUGCGGGAGAAUUCCAUAGCUGGGCUAUGUGCUGUGUGAAGAAGCACUUUAUUUUCCCUGCCCCGAAUCUUCCAACACUCAGCUUUAUGGGAUGACCCCGAUCAGUAUUGAUCCAGAGCAGAACUCCAAUGUAUGGUUAGCAGAGUAAAAACUUAAAACACAUUGCAGGAUCCAGCAGAGCUUUACUGCUACUGAAAGCAAAGGAGUAUAAUGGUCACAAAUCCCAUACAUUCAGGACUGGCACUGUCCAUAAGAAAUCCAGUUGCAGCAGAUUUAACUUAAACUUACUUACAAUAAGUCUAAAUCUUAACACUAAGCAUACAGUCAUACCUCAUGUUACGUCCGCUUCAUGUUACGUUCUUUCAGGUUACAUCCCGCGGCGACCCGGAAGUACUGGAAAGGGUUACUUCCGGGUUUCGCCGCUUGCGCAUGUGCAGAAGCGCAAAAUGACGUCACACGCAUGCGCAGAAGCAGCGAAUCGCAACCCGCGCGUGUGCAGACGCGCCGCUGUGGGUUGCGCUCUUUUCAUGUUGCGAUCGGGCCUCCGGAACAGAUCCUGUUCACAACCAGAGGUACCACUGUACUAUGUACAGAACACCACACCAGAAGGAAAAGAGACAGAAAGAGAACGUGAAAGCCCGGCUCCUUCUGGCCUUACUUUUAUAGUCAGCAUGACCUUGACAAAAAGAGAUAAAACAACCAGUUUAAACCAGCUGUACUCAGCUUCUCCAAAGGAAUAAUGCAAACAUUAUGAACCUUCUGCUUGUUUCUUUCACACAGAGAAGCUUGCAGAACCCUUUUGAAUUAAUUAGAACAGGAAAGACCUCUACGUGUCGGAUCAAUACUUUCUGCACAAAGAAAUGCAAACUGACGGCAGGAUUGUUGGGGAGGAUGCACCUCCUUCCGCCCCCCCAGCCCCCCCAUUGAGAACUCUGCAGUGUGUUAGUGUCCAAUCUUCACAACUCUUCUCCUUUAGUAUUUGGGUUUCCUGAGGACUAGGCUCUUGCCGCUCAGCAAACAGGUCCAAUGGAUGCUGUUACACUUUGGGAUAAGCAGGGCAGAAGGCAGGGAAGCCAGCAACAGGAGGUGACAGAGUCAAUGACUCAUUCUAGUUUUGUCCUCAUCUUCCUCCCUGCUGAAUUCUACAGUUCAGCUUGAUCCUGCCGCUUAGCAUCUGUCUCUCCUCGCUGAUUGGACACAUGUAGGAUUUGCCAAGCUUCGCCAUAAAAUACGAACCGAGAUUCCAGUAUAAUCCGCAGCAAAAUCCUGUUGGCUGUAAAAUGGGAAAGUCCAGAGAUUGCAAGCCAUGUUCCUGCCCUAGCCAACCUUACCGUCUGUCCUUUGUGGAGUGCUUCAGCCACUGACUGGCUCAGGAUCAGUGUGGUCUGUGCCAAUGGCGGCUGGUGCCCAUUGGGACUCCCAGGGAGGAAGGCAAAGAGGCCAAUGGUGGGUAGAGUCAGUGACUGGCAGAACCAAUUCAUUCUAGUUUGUCCCCAUCUUCCUCCUCACUUCUACAAGGGGCAAUGCUGAGACUAAAGAGGAGGGAGCUGACAGGCAGGGCCUCCGCUUGGAUUGGGUGCAGGUGAGAAGGCAGGCAAGCGAGGAUUGGCUGAAGACAGGCUGAGGUUGGUGAUGCAACAUGCCAUUCACCCACACAGACCAGCCUCCCCUGGACAGGCCUGCACCCUUUGGGCGUAACACUCCGGACAUCCACAAUAACCUUUAUUAUCUUCAACAGGUCGCCCAGCUCCCGCUCUUCAUUAGCGAUGGAAAAUGGCACCACAUCUGUGUGACGUGGACCACGAGGGACGGAAUGUGGGAAGCUUUCCAGGAUGGAGAGAAGCUUGGGACGGGGGAUAAUUUAGCUCCUUGGCACCCCAUUAAGCCAGGAGGGGUUCUGAUCCUUGGUCAGGAACAGGUAAGCCAUGCAAGGUGCUUAUUUCCCUCCUUUUCCUCCUUCCAAGAAAUUAAAACAACAGGAAAUUGUCAUCUCCAUUCCUUUCCCAGAGCUAUAGUUCCCAGAGUAUUUCAACAAUCAAUCAGUCUUCAAAAGGGUAUUUGAGAGUUUUAGCUCUGUGAGGGGAAUAGAAGGCCUCAUAACAACUCUCAUCGCCCUUAAGAAACUACAGUUCCCAGAAUCCUUUGGGAGAAGCCAUGAUUGUUUAAAGUGGUAUGAUAUGGUUUGAACGUGACCUGAGAGGUACCUGCAGAUAUCCUUUUUUAUUGUGCAUUCAUGGAGUUGUAUCCAAUAUUAGUCUUGCUCAGUGUAGAUUAAUUGAAACCAAUGGGCAUGGCUAAUUUAGACCUAUUGGUUUUCAAUGGGUUUACUCUGAGUAAAGUAUCAUUGGGUGCAACCCAUGAUGGUAUUGGGGUGGUUAUACACAAUCUCACUUUCAAAAUUCUUUGCACCUAUAAAAGCUUUGGGGCAGACACACUGCUUCAUCACCCAUCAGUGUGUGUCCUGCAACUUCCUGCUGGAAUCCAGUAACUUUUUAUACCACAAAUGCCCCGGGGUGUGUUUUGGUUCUGCUUUUGUUGCUCUGUAGUGCAAGAGUGCCCUUCUGUGUGGCAAUAAUGCAGAAGCAUUGCAUGAUAACGAAUAAAGCAGAAUGGUGUGACAGGUAUAAAUCGUAGAACUGUAGAGCUGGAAGGUACCCUGAGGAUCAUCUAGUCCAACCCCCUGCAAUGCAGGAAUAUGCAGCUGUCCUAUAUGGGGAUCGAACCUGCAACCUUGCCAUUAUCAGCACCAAGUUCUAACCAACUGAGCUAUCCAGGCAGUAAUGCACUGUUAUUGCUUUAAUGACAUGUUGCAGAAGACUGCACCUGUCUUUUAAAAAACACAGGAGUUCAACUAAGUCCUAUGCACAAAAAGUGUUUUAAAAUACAGGUUCUGCCCAAAAUCUUGCAAGCCAAACUAUGGGAGAGACCAAUAUAGAAGGGGAAAGAAACAUCCCGAAAGGGUGUGAUUUUCAUCUGCAGAAAGUCAGAGGGUAGGUGGGGAAGGGAGGGAGGAAGAACAUGUAGGGAGCUGCCCCAUACUGUGUCAGAUCAUUGGGCCCUCUAGCUCAGAAUUGUCUACACUGACUGGCAGCAGCUCUCUGCCUUCCCAACCUGACCUAGAGAUGUCAGUGAUUGAAACAGGGACUUCCUGCAUGCAAAGGCAGAUGCCGUACCAUUGAUCUGUGGCCCUGGAGACUCUCCUUCCUCUUUUCGUGCUGGUUAUCUUUCUAUAGUCUAGCAUCUUGCUUCCCACACUUGUCAGGCAAAUGUUUCUGGGCAUCCCAUAAGCAGUGCACAACAGCGGUAUCCCUUUGUGACGUUGCUGCCCAGCAACUGCAACUCAUUUGCAUGCUGCCUCCGAACACAAAGGAACAUGAUCCGUCUUGUUAUUUCUGGCCUGCUUUUUGAAGCCCAUACCCUGGGGCAGCUUACAACAAAUCAAUAAAACACCACAUUAAAAUUUGAAAUUCAAAAGCAUCUCCCGAGCUUUAAAAUAGCGGCAGUAGAGAAAAGUUAUUAAAACACUGCACCAUGGUUCAUUCAACAAGGUGUUUGGGGCCUGCCUGAAGGCCAAUGAGGAGGGACCAAACCUGGGGAUGGUAUUCUAGGAAUGCAAGGCCACCACAGGAAAGGCCCUCUUCUUCAUCUUCUACAGGGAAAAUCCAUAGCUCAUGGGUAGAGCCAUCUGCAUUGUAUGCAGAAAGUUGCCGGUUCAAAUCCCUAGUGUCACCAGGAAGAGACCCCUGUCUGAAAUCCCAGGGAACAGCUGCCAGUCAGUGUAGGCAGUAUGGGCUCAGUAUAAGGCAGCUUCCCAUGUUUCUGGGGUUAAUUCUCCUCUACCUCUUCCCCUCCUCCUGCUAAUGUAUUAUAACAUAAAAAACCUAACACAUCUCUGUGUGGCCAUACCGUAUUUCUUUAUUACGUGUGUAUUUUACCUUUCCACCAGGAAGGUGUCAUGGUUACAAAGCAAUAUUUUACCCAACGUGGGGCUUGAACCCACAACCCUGAUAUUAAGAGUCUCAUGCUCUACUGACUGAGCUAUGGAGGGCCUCACAUAUGAGUACAUCAGUCUCAGUAUGUUGCAGAUGGCAACAUCACACAUGCGGCGCACAAAUAAAAGAUUCAUGGUUGUAGCUGAACACAGUGAAUAAACCAUCCUGCACAUUCCUGAGCUCACCAUCCCUUGCAAGGGUGCUGAUUCCAUUGUAGUAAUGAAGCUCAUUGCAUCACUAUUCAACUCAAUAGAGGGGCACUUCUACAUAGGAAAAUCUGCAAUAAACAAUUUAUGUUUAUUGGGGUGCAGUCCCCCUCCAAAAGGCUGUGUUGCAUUCUUAGGGUCCCUUAGGGUCCCUUUCAGCUCUGCAAUUCUAUGAUUCUACGUGUGACCUAAGGAUCAACUGGAGGAGAUAUUAGAAGUAAGAAACCAGAGUCCCUCAAGAUGUUGCUGGACUACAACUCCCAUCAUCCUUGACCAUACUAGCUGAUGGGAGUUGGAGUCCAACAAUACAUGGAAGGCCACAGGUCCCCCCACUCUUGGUAUUUAGGAUUUGCAUGCAGAUGGCCCUAAAUUCAAUUCCUAGCAUCUCCAAGUAAGUCUGAGAAAGGCUCCUGCAGUUCUUCCACCACCAGUCAAAUAGUCCAUACUGAUCUAGAUGCACCAGUGGCUUGACAUGACACGGAACAGCUUCCUAAUCGAGAAAACCAGGCCCGCAGCUUUCUGCCUACGCAGAAGUAAGCUGCACUGGUUUCUUUUUCCCCUCAUUUUUGCAAACGUAAAGAUACUGAUUUGGCCAUCUCUUUAAAGGACGGUCUUGAACUAAUCCAAGCUUUGGUUUUCAUUCACUUUAAGGACACUGUUGGAGGAAGGUUUGAUGCAACUCAAGCUUUCGUUGGGGAGAUGAGCCAGUUCAAUAUAUGGGACAGAGUCUUGAAGCCUGAAGACAUCAUGAAUAUUGCUAACUGCUCCACCAACAUGCCGGGCAACAUCAUCCCCUGGGUUGACAACAAUGUGGAUGUGUUUGGAGGUGCAGCGAAAUGGCCCGUAGAGACGUGCGAAGAGCGUUUGCUCGAUUUAUAG